AAGGUCCGGGUAAAUUCAACUGACCGAUUCCAUUUUAUCACCCAAUGAAAUGCGGCCCAUUGAAAUAACGCCGAACUUUAAAAACAUUUUUUCACAGUAACAACACUGAUUGAAUAUUCAUAUCGCAGAAACAGCGAGAGAGCAACAAACACCAGAGUGCAACUCUUGUUCUUCUUACUGCAACAACAAUGGUAUGAAUCAAACUACACUCUUAAUACUGUCUUUAUUUAUCAAACUUACAAUCCUAUCAUCAUGUUUUGUUACAAUAUUCGCAGAUCAUUGCUCUACCGUAAUAACCUCACUUUCACAACUUCCUCUCCCAUUCUUCAUCUUCUUCUCAAACCCUUUUCAUCUUCUUCUUCCAAAAAUCACACUUUCACACUCAACUACCUCAUUCAAAAUCUUGCUUUCUCUCCGCAAACCGCUUCCAAAAUCUCCACCAAAGUUCUUCUCCACAACUCACAAAACCCCGAUUCAGUCCUCGCCUUAUUCAAAACCUAUGGCUUCUCAAAUUCUCAGAUUUCCAGUAUCAUCAAAAAGUGCCCUAAACUCCUCAUUUUCAAUCCCAAUAAAACCAUUCUCCCUAAACUCCAUUUCUUUCUCACAAAGGGUGCUUCUACUUCUGACCUUAUUCAAAUCGUCACCAAAAAUCCAAGGUUCUUAUAUCUAAGCUUGCAAAAUUCCAUCACCCCUUCUUAUGAUUUAGUCAAAAAAUUCUUACUUUCUGAUCAAUCAACCAUAGCCUCUAUCAAAAUUUACCCUUGCUUCAUUUGUUCUAAAACCCCUUCUCAGAAUAUUCAAUUCCUCCUUCAAAAUGGCGUCCCGGAGUCUAAAGUUGUUACUUUUUUGUUGCAAAAUCGGAAUAACUUACUCACUCAAAAUCCUCCGUUGUUUAAGAAGGUAGUGGUGGAAUUAAUGGAAUUGGGAUUCAACCCCAAAACAACUUUUUUCACUGUGGCAUUGGGUGCUAAGAUUAUGAAACCCAUAUGGGAAACCAAGAUUGGCUUGUAUAAGAAAUGGGGUUGGUCUGAAGAAAAUAUUGUCUCCGCAUUUGUCAUGUAUCCAUGGUGUAUGUUGACGUCUGAGAGUAAAAUCGAGGCAUCAAUGAGUUUUUUUGUCAAUCACAUGGGUUGGGAUUCCCUUGUGCUUGCCAAAAAUCCGAUACUUCUUUCGCUGAGUCUCGAGAAAAGGGUGAUUCCUAGGGCUUUUGUCUUGAAGUUUCUUGAAUCUAAAGGUUUGAUUAAGUAUGCUAAAUUGGCUGCACCUUUCAAAGUUUCUGAGGAUCUGUUUUUGAAGAGAUAUGUGAAUCGAUUUAAGGAAGAAUCUUCUCAGUUGUUGAAAUUGUAUGAAGAGAAAAAAUAUGUUUCAAAUAAGGCUUUAUGAAAAGGUUUGCGAUUGCGACGUAAUAAGGGAAGCGACAUCAUCUGUUUCCGCGAUCAUGACACAGCGUGGCUGAAUUUAGAACCUUGUUUUGAAGAUAGCACAGAUAUGCAAGCUGUGUCUCAACUGGUUAGCUAGAAAUACUUAUUGUAAUUUGACAACUAAUAAUGACUUUUGAAUGCAACAUGAGUUAUGUAUUUUGGUACACAUCAAGGUCGAUAAUUAAGGUCUUCGAUAGUAACCUUAACUUUCACUAUUUGUUGCACAAGUAAUGUUCAUUCAUGAUUAGACAUGGUAUGUAGUCUUACAACACAAUUUUGUUUGUGGUUUUGUUUAUACAAAAGUUCAUUGCCUACUCUGCAUACUUUGCUUA